GAGUGAUAAGAGGUAGAACUGCCUGAAGCACAUGGAAGAAGAGCUGCUGUCGCUGAUAUAUACAGGACAAACAGACGCAGAGACGCUGGCAAUAAUAGAUGAAUCCGUUCUAGAAGCAUCCUGGAAAGAAAGGUUCAUCACAGACACUCAUCUUUAAGGAUUUCCUGACUGUCCUUCAGUCACACCAUGGAUAUUCUUUUCACCUCUUCCUUCCCCGUUUUAUGCCAGCACUCUAGAGAUUAUAAUCUCACAACUCUCUGUCCUGACAACCAAAAGGUAAACUCAACGCCUCCUGCUCUGGUUAACCCACCAGCGUUUGGGAUGUCCUACUUCACCAUGACCCUCGGUGCCCUUUCAAACCUAAUUGCACUAGCAAUCCUAGCCCAUUCUUAUGCCCGCUUACGCCGACGGGCCAAAGCGCCGUUCCUACUGCUGGCUUCAGCCCUGCUUCUGAGUGACCUGGCAGGCCACCUGAUCACAGGGGCUUUGGCACUUCACCUCCAUCUUGAAAGAGUGAAGCAUCACGGGGCGGCAGUAGCAGUGGCGCCUCCUCAGGUUUACUGCAAGUUAUUUGGAGCUUGCAUGGUGUUUUUUGGGCUUUGCCCUCUGCUGCUGGGCAGUGCGAUGGCAGUGGAGCGCUGCAUAGGCAUCACGCAACCUCUCCUGCACCCGGCGGUUGUCACCAUGACACGCGUCCGCCUCACCAUGCUCCUGAUUGCCUCCACAGCUCUCACUUUGGCGGGACUCCCUCUGCUGAACGUGGGGGACUACAAACCACAGUUUCCUGGCACCUGGUGUUUCUUACCUGUGAACGGUCCGCUUUCCAUCGCUGACGCCAGCCUUGCUUUGGCUUUUUCCAUACUGGGGCUUGUAACAUUGAGCGUCUCAGUUGUGUCUAAUACUAUAAGUGGGCUGAAAUUGCUCCAGGCAAGGUUUAAGGACCGAUGUGUCAAGUCAAACGCUGCUCGGAGACAUGGAUUCCUCUCAUCUUCUUCUCUGCAUUCCCUGGAUGUGGAAAUGAUGACUCAGCUGGCCGUGAUAACGGUGGUCUCCUGCGUCUGUUGGAGUCCAUUUCUUAUUUACAUCCUCAUAUCCAUUGGCAGGUUUUAUAAAGGAAUCAGCAGACCGGUGCGUCAGUGUGAGAAGCUGCUUCUCUUGGCUCUGCGCUUGGCUAGCUGGAACCAGAUUCUGGAUCCAUGGGUUUACAUCCUCCUGCGGCGAGCGGUUCUGCGCAGAGUCCUUCAGCUGCUGCAGCCCGACAGAGUCGUGUUUACACAGAGCAGCUCCUACAGAGACUCACACAGAAAGCAAAUUAGUUCACACUGAUUACCCAUUUGUUUACACUAACUUCGAAUAUGUUUACUUUGGGUCAUUCACCAAAAAUAUAUGAAAUCAAAUAUUUAUAAAGAAAUUGUGUGAGAAUUUUUUCCAAGUGAAAAAGAAGUGCAAGUGUACAUGGUAUACUUCAAUUUACUUUUUUUUUUUUUUUUUUUUUACUUUACUUGCAGAUAACAUAAUAUUAAUCAAAUAAAAGGCCACUUUAAUUGUACUGAAAGAAAGUACACUUUAAUGACUAUAUUUCCAAAAGCUGCAGUCCGUAACUUUUUUUGGUUAAAAAUGAUCCAAAAUAAAUUUUUGAGCAAGUACAUAACCAGCCAGUGUUCAAAACUAUCUCCUUACCUUAGC